AUGGUGCCCGAGAUGCGUGGACUGAGCCCCGGCCGCAGGCUGCCCGAGCCCGCCCUCUGCCCGGCUGCGGGCGGGAGCCCUGAGCCCGGGGCCGCGGGCCGCCACCACCGCCGCCACGUCCUGGCCCUGCCCGAGGAGGAGGCAUGGCGGCCCCAGCACUGCGCCCUGCUCGAGGCCGACGCCUCGGACGAGGCGGGCAUGCUGCCGGCCUCCCCGCGCGCCGCCGCCGGCUUCGACAACUUCUUCCCCGUGCAGGAAGGCGAGGGCCCGGGCUGGGAGGGCGGCUCCAGCCCCUUCCUGCCCGUGAGCCCCGAGGUGAUGAAGCGGCGGCGCGGGGGCCUCAUCGAGCAGCGGGACAUCAUCAAGGCCCACGAGGCACACAAGAUGCAGAGCACCCCGCAGGCGCGGCGCAAGGAGUGGGAGAUGGCUCGCUUCGGGGAGGCGGUGGUCGGCAGGCCGGGGUCGGGCGAUGGAGACUCGGACCAGAGCAGGAACCGGCAAGGAACCCCCGUGCCGGCCUCAGGGCCGGCGGCCGCCUACAAGCAGUCGAAAGCGCAGAGGGCGCGGACUAUGGCUUUGUACAACCCUAUUCCCGUCCGGCAGAACUGUUUCACCGUCAACAGAUCCCUGUUCAUCUUCGGAGAAGAUAACAUUGUCAGGAAAUACGCCAAGAAGCUCAUCGAUUGGCCAUAUCCUUUCUUGCCCACCAUUACUCCCCUCUCCCCUUUGCAUUUCUUCGGGUAA